AACCAUAUUAAAAAUAAGAUUAUCCGCAUAUAUAAGUAUAUCAACAAUGAUGUGCAUUGAAUUCAAUUUGUUAUUCUUGACAUUAACUGUAUUGAUAUCAUGGACAACAAGUUUAUCAUUAAAUGAAAUCCACUCCUUAUCACACAAUUUUAAAAGCAUUUCACAUAACAAUAAUAAUGAUAAAAGUCUUAAAGAUGCCAUAAAAACAAUACAAAAGCGAAGACAACAAACAUUAUAUCCAUUGGCACAUCUGUACGGCCCAUAUAGUCUUCCUGUGACAGCAAUUGAAUAUUACAAGAGAUUAGUACCGAUUGACACACAUUUUGACGAAGAAUUAAUUGAUGUACCGUUUGAUUUCGAUGCUAUAAGAGAUAGUUAUAGAGACGAUUCAACAAAAAAUGAUUUAAUUUCGACGGCAUUGGCACUCAAAUUAUCACAUGUUUUUGACAAACAAAAAGAUAAAACUAAUAUAAAUCAUAAAACUUUGAGAAAAGAAAUCAACAAAAAACGCAAAAGAAGUACAAAUGUUAAGCAAAACACAUUUAGAAACGUAAAACAAAUUGCUUUUAAACCAAAAGAUGAAAGUUUUAAAAAUAAUAAUUUUUUAAAUUCACAUAAAACUAAUGGUAUUAUCAAUAGUAAUACAAAACCUAAACAUAAGUCAGGAAGACGUGUACUUACCGAUCAUUUUCAUAUUGAAGAAGAUAUUAUUGAUAACAAUAAAAAUCUUAUAACAAAACGAGAUAUAAUAAAGAAAUUGUCACCAAUUUCUAAAAAUAGUAAAAAAUUAAAUUUAAACAAAAAGUCCAAAACAACUAAAAAUCAACUUAACUUCAAACACAUUAAUAAAUCUCAAACUUUGACAAAAAAGAAAUCAAUUACCAAAAGAAAAGCCGAAAAUAAAGUAAUAGAAAUAAAAAGUUUAUCUAAUAAUAAAAACAAUAAAACUUCCAAAUUUGAGACCACAAUAAAUACUGAUAAGUCAAUUGUUUCUGAAUUAUAUGAUAUUUUAUCGGAUGAUAAUAAAAAUAAUGAGAAAAUUAUUACUCAAUUAAAAUCAAUCGAUAAAAAUACAUCAAAAAAUGAUAAUAAAAGUCAGCCAAAAGAAAUUUUGAUUAAAAACGACACAGAAGUGAAAUACAUUAAAAAAGUUAGCAAAAGAAGUAAUCUAAAGGAUCAGACAAAUAAUGAAGACAUAGUAGAUAAUGGCAGUGAUUAUAAUAUUGAAAAUGAUAACCAAAUCAUUUAUCCAAUUGAAACAAUUGAUGACAAAACAGAAGUAACAGUUGAAAACACGAGUGAAGAUCAGUUGCCAAUAAAUAACAAAGAAAUGAAUGAUUGGCUUAGAAAAGAGUAUUACGAAACUAUUGCGGCGGCUUUGGCCACAAUGAGACGCAAAAGAAGUAAUGACAUCAAUGACAAUGAUGUGCAAAAUGAUGAAGACUUGGAUGACUUUACAAAUAUCAAUAACAUAGAAACUAAAAAUGAAGAUCUUAUAGCUAUUAAUCAAAACAAUAAAAAGCAACCUUUUGAUGACAAAGAUGAUGACUAUGUAAUUGCAACUCUUUAUGAUGAUAAUGAAGACGACACCGACAUAAUUAAUGAUAAUAACAGAGAAGACAAUAAUGAAAAGGAUGAUUCAAUAAUUUGGGAACCAAUUCAAUAUAAUAAUAAUAAUGUCAAACAAAAGACAAAAAGAAGUGUUAACUCAAUUGAUGAAAGUGAUAGCGAAGAAACCAAUGAUAUUGAUUUACAACGUUUUUCUCAUAUUAACAGCAAAUUGGAGUCAAUUGAAGACACACUUCUUAGUGAUGCUCUUGAAUUAAUUGAUGGAUCCGCACGAAGAGGAUCUCAUACUGAAGCAGAAAAUAAUAAAAUUGCCGAUCGAUUGGAUGCCGCCUAUGAUAUCGAAAAUAUGAGAAAUUCUUUGGAAGACUUGCAUAACACCAUCGAUAAUAUCAACAAUGAAAAUAUCAUUCAAGACAAUGACUUAACCACUUCUACAUCUGAAUCCAGUGAUAACCAAAUUGAUAUUAUAAUCCCUGAGGAUUAUUCAGACUCAAUAGACGAGUGUUUUGCAAUUGAGAUGCUUUCGAGUGACUGUUCAUCGGUGGCUAAUCUGAUGCCUAACUCUCGACUGUAUAAAGCAUUUAAAUCUGCCUGUGAUUGGCAUAACAUUUGCUAUACUUGUGGUGAGAUUUAUGGUCUCCUGUCCAGUGACUGUGACGCUGGCUUUCUAGAGGCCGGUCGACUCGCUUGUAAUGACAGUCCUUCAUGUGAAACGUUUUCGAGGAUAGUAUUAACGCCUUUACGACAAAGCCGUGUCUUCUACAAGAGCUCUGUUCCCGACACUUGCUUUCGUUACCAUUGUAUAAGAGAUUACUUAUUUCAGACGCAAACCAACAAAUGAUAGAUAUUAUGGUACCUAUUGUUAUACUAUAAACUCAU